AGCAAAAUAUAUAAGCAGUUUUGCAAGAUAAUAAUUAAUUAAGUUGAGAAAACAUGGCCUCCAAAGCUUUCUUGUUCGCAGUGAUCGUGGUUGCGGCAACGGCGGCAGCUCCGGCUUUCGCAGUCGAUUACGUCGUUGGAGAUGACGACGGUUGGAAAUUGAAUGUCAAUUACACUGCAUGGGCUCAAGGGAAAAUGUUCUACGUCGGAGACACCAUCGCUUUCAAGUAUGCGGUGGGAGUGCAUAAUGUGUACAAAGUGAACGGAAGCGCCUUCCGAGAAUGCUGGGUGCCGCCGCCAUCAGAGGCCCUAAGAACGGGAAAUGACAUAAUUAGCCUUGCAACCCCCGGGAGGAAGUGGUACCUUUGCGGCGUUGGCAAUGGCACCCACUGUGAAAGUGGGAUGAAGCUGGUCAUUACCGUCAUGUCCUAUGCCCCUAUGUCUGCUCCUGCUCCUGCCCCUGCCCCGUUUCCCAUCUACGGAGCUCCCACCAAGAAGCCCAUCACCAUUUGGAGAAACUGGAAACUCAAAUUUCACUUCUAAUCUCAUGCUCUUGUUUUUUACUUUACAUUACAAUAAAGUUCAAAUUUGAAGCCAGGCAGCAUCGUUGAUUGAAUUAGCUAGCUAGGUAUCAGUUGUUGUUAUAAACCAAAUUUCGUUUGUUUGUUUUUUUGUUAAUUUGUCUCGUGCCGUGGAAUUUUACCAGAUGUUUGAGUAGGAGUGAUUCUUCUUGUUUCUAUGAACACUACAAGUCUACAAUGAAAUGGACCAUUCA